AUGGAUCAUAAAGCUCCUGCACAGUAUGCCUUCAUGCUAACACUUUGUUACAAGCCUGAAUGUUCGCAUCCUCUCUGCCAUGGUGCAACUAGAGAGCAAUGUUGGUUUGAAAAUGGGCCACCGUUGUCUCACAUUCCUUUUCUAAUCCCAGAUCCGAAGAGACCAUGGGGUGGGUCGUGUCAAGAGUGUUCUGGCAUGUGUUCUGGCCAUUAUCUGAAGCCAUUAGCACAUUGGGCUUUUGUGAAAGAUCGGGCGUAUGAUACCGCUGAAUUCCAAUAUAAGCCGCCAAGUGCAGUAUUCAAAGAAAGGUUCUACGAUUCCUUGAAGAAAGGGAAAGAAAUGUUGCACAUAGAUUUGGAAUCUGUGGCUAAACAAGUGUUGCUGUCUGUUGUUGACGUUUCGAUGCAGGUAGAACAUCUAAAGGGAAUUAUGGAACGGAGGAAAAUGGGAGCUCAGAAGGCGGCUGCCUUAACCAGAAAGAACAAGAAGGCAGUUCGUAAGUGUUUAAGUAUCUGAAUAUUGCUCUUGAAACAAGUCACAUAUUCAUAAUGACUGUUUUUAUGCUUAAGACAAACUAUCCGCCUGAACAAACUUAGGCAGACCUUAGUUGGAUGCAGUUUGACAGUAUAAUUUCUUACGAAACGAAACAAUAGCAGCUAGUUGCAAAAACAAACUAAGCGACAAACUAACAAUCUUUGCAAUUUCGUCCAGACGAAUAGUUUGUGCAUGGCAUAAACAUAAAAACGACCAAUGACGUAUUUUAAUAUUUUAAUAUACAGUAGAAUGCAAUACAGAUGUCCCUGUGCCAGAUGCCCCUGUCUCAGACGUCCCUGUGCCAGAUGUCCCUGGCUCAGAUGUCCUUGGCUCAAAUGUCCCUGGCUCAGAUGUCCCUGUCUCAGACAUCCCUGUCUCAGACGUCCCUGUCUCAGAUGUGUGGUGUUGGUGUCAAGACAAAGAAUAUGGGGAAAUGAUUCUUUGCGAAGGGAAAACUUGCCCAAUUAAGUGGUUCCAUAUAGGAUGUCUUGGAUUGAAGUACAGCCCUGUUUUUAAGUGGUUUUGCCCCGAUUGCCAAGGUGAGCUAAAUAUACGACUAUUCAUAUUUCAUAAAGUAUAAAAGGUGUAGUAUGCAUUUAUAAUUGGUCGCGUUGACUUAUACUGGUUCCAUUUCUAUGGGCCACUGACACUGUGUAUAAUAGGAAUUUUCUUGAAUUUUUACAGUCGUGCCAAUAGAAGCAUUUCGAAAAAUGUUCAUCAAUUUAUUUCCUAACGUCGAGAAACUUAUUUCAUAAGUUUGUCAAAAUGUUUCUCAAAAUGUUUCUACGGAGGUGUCGGAUAGAACAAUAGCCAAUCACAUAAAAGUUUAUUAGGGCAACUCAUAGCUGAUUGGCUAAGCUGAGGUGCGAACACUUCUGUAGAAAUAUUUCGAUAAACAUUUCGAGAUAUUUGUCAACUGUUUUUCUCAACUUUACCAAAUGAAUAGGUAAAGCAAGGCAAAUUUCAAGCAUCUUGAUCGAUGAAAUUAAAUGUCUAGCUCUUUCUCAACGCUUUUAUUGGCACGACUGUAACUAUCUACUCAAGGUUUAAGGCAAAUUUAAUUUCUUGUUCAUUGUUUAAAUUUUAUAGUUGCGACCAACUUGUACUGCAUAUGUAACCAACCCGAGUUUGGUCUAAUGUUGGCAUGUGACGGUGAAGAUUGUCCAAUACAGUGGUUUCACACACAAUGCAUGGGCCUUAAGCAACCACCAAGGGGUUCAUGGUUUUGUACAAACUGCAAGUCGCGGAAAAAGAAAAAAUGAAAAACUUUCUGACGUUCAGCGAAUAAGAAUGCGCAUAUGGUUUCGGUUCCGAGCAUUUUCCAAUUUUGUCAUUUUGACGCGCUACCUUUGAUCACAUGCACUAAAACGUUUUCACUGUAUGCAAAUGUUGUCUCUAAUUCCAUCUCUCAUGACUUCUUAACAUUGUUUUAUUUUAUCAGAUGGGAGUCAUUUGUCACCAAGUUUGUAAAAAUGUAUUGCUCACUAUAGCUAAGUUAAACAGUCUUCGAUAACUAUACUAGGAUUUUAAGCUUUUCAGCGCGAAAAGGUCUUCAGAUAUCGUUUAUAGUGUUGGAAACGUUUUUAUAUUAAAACGCGUUCCAAUUCAGAAAAGCGCUCGGGAAAGUGAUCGUGUGCACAGUCUUAGAUUUGUUUGUACUUUGUAUAUAUUUAUUUGGGAAAUUAUUAUAUUAAGAUAUUAAGCGCUACUCUUGUUGUUUGCAUGAUUUGAGUCAUGUAUUACCUGGUUUAGACCAUGAAUUUAUAUUUUACCCUAUUAACAUACCAGUAUAUAUGACCUGGCUUAUGCGUCCUUUAAUAAUUAAAAACGGUAUUAUUUUACAAUGGACCAAAGCAUCUGACGACCAUUGGCUUCAUUUGAACCAUUCUCCUGUAUUAAUUUUAUAAUAUGCAUACGAAAUUUUUAAAGACCAAACGAGGUAAAGUAUUAACUUUGGAGUUUUAAUGGAAAUAUUAAUGUUAGGUUUUUUAUCAAACUGUGGAAAUUUGAAAAAAAAACACCCAAAUGUUUAGGCCCGGUAACCCGGGGAUUUUAACAAUUGAACAAGAUUUUUUAGCCGGGAUUUUAACAACCGUGAAAUGUUAAAAUCCCCGCAUAGUCCUGGGGGUCGGGCUUUCGAUUGACUAGUGCAUUAUAUCAAUAUUAGCUAAAUGAGUCAAUAUUGAUAUCCUCUCAAUAGAUCAAUACAUUAACAAUAUAAAUAUUAUGUAUAUAUCCUUCCUUUGUGUUUAUAUCUAUAUUGUGCCAUCAUAGUAAAUAGCUAUAUUUAAUAUCCAGACAACCCCUGAAUGUUGCUAAGGUCCUGCUCAUAUGAUCCCGCUUACCGGGACGUCUCGCUUACCGAGACAAAUAUUUCCAUGCGUUCAUAUGGAAUAUUUCGUCCUGCUUGCCGAGAUGAAAUUACAUUGUAGUUCUAUAAUUAGCAUAUGCAAAACGUCUACAUUUCAGUCAAGCAACACAAAUACUUAGCGAUUUUAGUGUUUUUUUACAAGAAAAAGUAUUGCUUCAGGUGCAUAUUUAAUACUUGUUUACAAAACAAACAUAAAACCAAGUAAAAAGUGUUAAAUUAAACCAGCAAGACUUGUUUGACUUCUUCCCGGUAAGCGGGCUGGCGUGUUCAUAUGGGAAAAUUUUCAUCCCGCCUACCUAUGAUCUCGGCAAAUUCAAACAAGAUCUCGGCAAGCGGGCCAGCUCGCUUUCUGAUAUGAACACAAUGCAAAAUUUUAUAGGAAAAUAGAUAGGCGGCGAGAUCAUCGGUAAGCGAGAUGUCCCGGUCAGCAGGAUCAUAUGAACAGGCCCUCAAUCCCCUGAAUACAUUGAGGAUACUAGAUACAUGUUUGAGUUUCUCAAAGUUUAUAUGCCUCUGAGAAUUUCCAGGCUCAAAAUUUUAUAAAUAACAAAACUUUUAAGGGGCCACAUCCAUAUUCAUGUUGCCACAAAUAACAUUGAAUCGACAUUAUGAGUGGCUGGGUUUUAUGUGAACUUAUCAACAUUAUCUCAUGGCAAUUUGACAAUUAAUGUCCAAAGUAUAACUAUAAAGUCAAGAUACAGCUGAAUAUUGAUUGACAUUAUCUGGAGUGGGUGGGUGGGUGGAUGAAUGAACACUGUUAUACAGCAAUUGUUCUUUCCUGAAGCUGAAAGUUUUAAUAAACACUUCUUUCUCAGACUUACAUAUAUUUUUGGUGUAGAUUUUUAUAAUUUGAUAAUUCAAAAGGACAUUGGUUUUCCAAUUAGUUGUAUGAUUUGUAAGGGAGAAUAACAACAGCUUCUGGUUCAGUUUCUGCGUAAUUAGUGUUAAGGCCGAGAUGGCACAUCUCUUAGCCGCCCUGGACAAAUGACUCAUUUGACACAGGUAACACAGUUAUACAGCAAUUGUUCUUUCUUGAAGUUGGAAGUUUUAAUAAACACUUCUUUCUCAAACUUACAUAUAUUUUUGGUAGAUUUUUUAUAAUUUGAUAAUUGAAAAGGACAUUGGUUUUCCAAUUAGUUGUAUGAUUUGUAAGGGAGAAUAACAACAGCUUCUGGUUCAGUUUCUGUGUAAUUAGUGUUAAGGCCGAGAUGGCACAUCUCUUAGUCGCCCUGGACAAAUGACUCAUUUGACACAGGCAACACUGUUAUACAGCAAUUGUUCUUUCUUGAAGUUGGAAGUUUUAAUAAACAUUUCUUUCUCAGACUUACUUAUUUUUGGUGGAUUUUUUAUGCCCUGGGUACGAGGUUGCUUGCUCAAUAAUCACUAGUGUAAAGUCGCGUCUAUCCUUUUUAUAGGUAUUCUGAUAAUAAAUAUUAAUGCCCAGCAAAGUGCUUUUAAAAGAGCCAUAAACCAUUAAAUUUAAAAAUUUUAUUAAAGAUUUAGUAACGUUUCGUCUUAACUCAAGACAUCUUCAGACUAUAUUAAAUUACAAGCUGUAAGAGUAAUUAAGCAUAAAGUAAAGCUAUCGUAGCAAUAUUAAAUUACAAGCGAAUACGAGGUACACAAAACGUAAGGAUAAGAAUGGAUAAUGAAGGGAAGUGUGGACAAAAAUGAGAACAUACAAAUUAGACUAAAUUAAUUUUAUAGGUGCGUAAAGAAAUGCAAAAAGUUCUCCCAGGUUUUGCAUUUAAGAAGUCUGUGGAAAGAUUGAGAAAAGGUAUUAAAAAAGUUCUACAGAAGGAUGAACUGGUGAAUAAAGAUGUUGCUGAUGCUGUUUCAUUCAUUGAAACGAAAACAAUGAAAAAAAGGGGAUCACUAAUUAAGUUCAACGAUGUACGUAUAUUCAAAUUACACUUGGUGGCUGAGUUAGAGAUAGUUUCUAUACAUGUUUGUAAGGGCAGUGUAUGCAAAAAGUUUUUCCUUAAACUCUACCAUUAUGUUUUCUCUUCACUAUAGCCAUCAAGUAAGCCCAAGAAUUUGUUUGAAGACAAGACGGUCCAGUUUAAACUGGUGGUACUUGGCACACCAGACGACGUUCUUCAAACCUUUGUUUCAG